AUGCCCGGCGGCGGCGGCGGCGAAGGCGAGCCGUGGACGGAGGGGCUCUCGUCGGAGCCCCGCGCUUCCUUGUACCACAACUUCCUCUCCAAGGAAGAAUGCGACCAUCUGAUCUCGCUGGCGAAGCCUCGCCUGAAGAAGUCGAGAGUCGUCGAUGCAGAGACCGGAGGGACCAAGGAGAGCAGCGUGCGGACAAGUUCAGGGAUGUUUCUGAAAAGAGGGCAGGACCAGGUUGUUCGUAGGAUCGAGAGAAGGAUUGCAGAUUACACAUCCAUACCCUUAGAGAAUGGAGAGGGUCUCCAAGUUCUCCACUAUCAAGUUGGGCAGAAGUUCGACCCUCACUUUGAUUACACCGAGAAUGGUUAUGUGACAAAAAAUGGAGGCCCGCGUCAAGCGACUCUUAUCAUGUAUCUGUCGGACGUCGAAGAUGGUGGCGAAACGGUGUUCCCUUCCGCGAUGGCAAAGAGCGGCUCCUCGCAUGGAGGACGUGGAAAGAGGGGUUUAUCUGUCAAACCCAAGAUGGGAGACGCACUGCUCUUCUGGAGCAUGAGGCCUGAUGGAUCCAGUGAUCCCAAAAGCCGGCAUGGGGCAAGUCCUGUGAUAAGAGGCGACAAAUGGUCAGCGACGAAGUGGAUGCACGUCCAUGAGUACAAAGUCGGCCUGAGGUGUACUGAUCAACUUUAA